CUCAUUAGUUUUGACGUGUUCAUCAAAGCCAGGUAAAAAUGACUGGUCGUGGAAAGGGAGGAAAAGGAUUGGGAAAAGGAGGAGCCAAACGCCAUCGCAAAGUCCUUCGUGAUAACAUCCAGGGCAUCACCAAGCCAGCCAUUCGUCGUCUCGCUCGUCGAGGUGGAGUCAAACGUAUUUCAGGAUUGAUUUACGAAGAGACUCGCGGUGUACUCAAGGUCUUCCUUGAGAACGUCAUCCGUGAUGCUGUCACCUACACCGAACACGCCAAGAGGAAGACUGUCACCGCUAUGGACGUCGUCUAUGCCUUGAAACGUCAAGGACGCACUCUUUAUGGAUUUGGAGGUUAAGAUCAACAUCUGUGGAAAACAAACAAUCGGCCCUUUUAAGG